UAAUUAACGCUACAGAACCCAUCAGAUAGUGAUAAUAAUGAACACGUCGUCUCCACAAAAUCCCCCUCCAUUCAUACAUCUCAGACUGUAAAAGCAUCGCGCUGGGGUUUCUUUGCAGGGGCUGAUCAAUUUCAUCUUUCCAAAUCAUACGAUUCGCUUCAGAUCUGUAGAAAAAUGUACGGAUUCGAAGCGCUGACCUUCAACAUUCACGGAGGGUACCUGGAGGCGAUUGUGCGAGGAUAUAGAUCGGGACUACUCACUGCCUCCGACUACAACAACCUCUGCCAAUGUGAAACCCUCGAGGACAUCAAGAUGCACCUUUCCGCCACUGAGUAUGGCUCCUACCUCCAAAAUGAGCCUUCUCCAUUGCACACAACAACAAUCGUGGAGAAAUGCACCCUUAAAUUGGUCGAUGAGUAUAAGCACAUGUUAACCCAAGCCACAGAGCCUCUGUCAACCUUCUUAGAAUAUGUUACAUAUGGUCACAUGAUCGACAAUGUUGUUCUAAUUGUCACGGGAACUUUACAUGAGAGAGACGUUCAGGAAUUGUUGGAGAAAUGCCAUCCUCUGGGAAUGUUCGACAGUAUUGCUACUCUUGCAGUUGCCCAAAACAUGAGGGAGCUGUACAGACUGGUGCUUGUUGACACACCUCUGGCUCCAUACUUCUCAGAGUGCAUCACUUCAGAGGACUUGGAUGACAUGAAUAUUGAAAUUAUGAGGAAUACUCUCUACAAAGCGUACCUCGAGGAUUUCUAUAGAUUCUGUCUGAAACUUGGUGGCGCCACUGCAGAGAUUAUGUCUGACAUCCUAGCUUUUGAGGCUGACAGAAGGGCAGUUAAUAUCACCAUUAACAGCAUUGGCACUGAGCUUACUCGAGAUGAUCGUAGGAAAUUGUACUCUAAUUUCGGAUUACUAUAUCCUUACGGUCACGAGGAACUUGCUGUUUGCGAGGAUAUAGAUCAGGUUCGUUCUGCCAUGGAAAAAUAUCCUCCUUAUCAGUCCAUAUUUUCCAAGUUAUCCUAUGGUGAGAGUCAGAUGCUUGACAAGGCAUUUUAUGAAGAGGAGGUGAAACGGCUUUGCUUAGCAUUUGAGCAGCAGUUCCAUUACGGUGUGUUUUUUGCAUACAUGAGGUUGAAGGAGCAGGAAAUCAGGAACUUGAUGUGGAUAUCUGAAUGUGUUGCCCAGAACCAAAAGUCCCGGGUGCACGAUAGCGUCGUUUUUAUAUUUUAAUAGCUUAAAAGCUAUUUUAUGAUAACUUUGCCCUCCCUCCACAUGUUUCUGUAAAAAAACUUUUUGCAUUUCACUCCUUUGGUUCAUGUGCGUUGCAGGGAGUACCCGUGCUGGUGUUCCGGCAACUUUUUAAGUUUAUAAUAAGUUGUGUGAUUGAUAUGUUAGUUGGAUGGCGAAAUCUUUCAGAGAUAAAUUAAUUCAUGUCAAUUUAUUCUUCUGAUAUGCAAUAAAUAUUCUGGGGGUUUACAAA